AUGGAAGAAAUGGCUACGGACGAACCGGAAAAUGAAAACAUAGAACCUGCAGAAUUGAGUGCAGUGGAACAAAUUGAAAUCCUUAAAGCACAAAUCAGUGAUUUAGAGCAACAGGUGGAAGAUCUAAAAGGGACCAGGUUUGGAGCUGAAAACAUUUCCAAAGAUUCUGAAUUGCUGACAUUUUACACAGGCUUUGUAUCAAAGGAACGAUUUGAUAGCUUUUAUAGCUAGGUUGAACCUUAUGCUAAAACCAUGAUAAAAUGGUCCCAGAUUCAGCGUGAACGAGGCAAAGAAAACUACAAGCGGAGGCGCAGCAGUGGCAAUUUUGCAUUGUCACUCUAUGACCAACUGUUUUUAUUUAUGAUCAGACUAAGGUUGGGAUUGCUGGAGACAGACUUAGGAGUAAGAUUCAAUAUUAGCACAAGUACUGUCAGCAGAAUCAUUUUAACUUGGGCAAAUUUUCUGUAUACAAUGCUUGGCCAAGUGCCAAUUUGGUCCACAACUGCUCAGAUAAAAAAUAGUAUGCCUCAGUGCUUCAAAACCACAUACCCUAAAACAAGGGUUAUCCCAGACUGCACUGAGAUCAAAGUCCAAAGGCCUAGCUCUAAGGUUCUGAACUCAGAAUUUUACUCUGCAUACAAGUCGCAUACCACCCUUAAAUGCCUCGUGGGAAUAGCUCCUCAUGGUGCAGUAACAUUUGUAAGUUCUUUAUAUCAGGGAAGUAUAUCAGACAAAGAGAUAACAAGGCAUAGUGGAAUUUUGUCACUUAUCGAAGAAGGAAACGAGGUCAUGGCAGAUAAGGGUUUUCUGAUUCAAGAUUUAUUACAACCCCAAAAAGCGACAUUGACAAUCCCUCCUUUCCUGUCUAAGACAAAGUCUUUGCAGUUCACCUCAAAAGAAGUAACAGAAACACAACAAAUUGCCCACCUCCGUAUUCACGUCGAGCGAGCAAUCAGACGAAUCAAAGAAUACCAAAUUUUUGAAAAAGUUUUGCCACUUUCGUUGGCUGGUUCAGUAAACCAAAUAUGGACAAUUUGCUGCCUUCUUACAAACUUUAGAGGGCCACUAUAUUGA